CAGCAGUCGGGAAAUGACCCGACAGGCGGGUUCCGGGAUCUCAACAACCUCAGCUGUUCUUCCAAUAAACACCGGCUACGCCCCACGCCCUCCUCCAUGUUUAACCCCCCCUCCAGUUUCCGCAUAGUGAGUCCGCGGAGUCUGAGUAGCCGCCUGCCUCUCGAGCUGAAAACAUGUCUAACCUAGGAGGAAACCAGUUUGAGGUGGGGGCAUCCAUCAUUCGGAUCCCACCCCAUCACUACAUCCAUGUACUGGACCAGAACACCAACAUUGCCCGGGUGGAGAUUGGACCACUCACAUACAUCCGCCAAGACAAUGAAAGAGUGCUCUUUUCUCCAGUUCGUAUGAUCAUGGUGCCACCGCGUCAUUACUGUGUGGUGCUCAACCCUGUGGCCCGGGAUGAUGACGGCCAGGCCCUCUUUGACCAGUUGGGUCAGGCUAAGCUUCGCCAUGCUGAUCUGGAGAUCCGCCUGGCACAGGAUCCAUUCCCUCUGUACCCUGGAGAGGAGAUCCAAGAGGACGUGACUCCCCUGCAGAUUGUGUAUCCAGACACGGCUCUGCGUCUGCAGGCUCUGCUGGACUUUGAGGAACAGGGAGGAGAGAAACGAGUGGCUGGAGACGAGUGGCUGUUUGAGGGACCAGGGACCUACAUCCCCAGGAAGGAGGUGACUGUGUUGGAGACCAUCAAGGCCACAGUGAUCACAGAGAACCAGGCCAUCAGGCUGAGAGCUCGCAAGGAAGGCGUGGACAGAGGAGGCGUCCACAGAGUCACAGGGGAGGAGUGGAUGGUCAGCAAGGUGGGAGCGUACCUGCCAGGUGCCCAUGAAGAGGUCCUUGACAUUGUGAAUGCUUUCAUCCUGACUGACAAGAAAGCACUUCACGUUCGCGCUCUGCGGCCUUUCAAAGAUGCCGGUGGGAGGAAUCGCCGCACAGGGGAGGAGUGGCUGGUCACCGUUGCAGACAGGGAGGCUCACAUCCCGUCUGUGUCAGAGGAGGUGGUGGGGGUGGUGGACGUGACCACUCUGAGCAGCAGGCAGUACUGUGUGGUCCUGGACCCGGUCGGAGUGGAGGGGAAACCGCAGCUGGGCCAGAAGAGGGUGGUGAAGGGUGAGCGUUCAUUUUUCCUGCAGCCCGGGGAGCACCUUGAAAACGGCAUCCAGGACGUGUACGUGCUGUCAGAGGAGGAAGGCCUGGUUCUGAGAGCCGUGGAGGCCUUCACCGACAAAGACGAGCCCCAGGAGGAAGAGGACCCAGAGGAGGGCACGGUGCACGAGACCAAGCGUUCCAGGAGCGGCAUCCUCCGUCGUCCUGGGGACCGCUGGAUGCUGCGGGGCCCGAUCGAGUACGUCCCACCCGCCACGGUGGAGGUGGUGCUGAGGCGCCAGGCCAUCCCACUGGACGAGAAUGAGGGAAUCUACGUGAGGGACAUAAAAACUGGAAAGGUGCGUGCCGUGAUCGGCCACACCUACAUGCUGACUCAGUAUGAGGAGCUGUGGCAGAAGACGCUGCCUCCCAACGUGGAGGCCCUCCUGUCAUCUCUCGUCGACCCUCUGGCCGAACGUUCAACCCGGAGGAUGCCUGCAUGCCCGGAGCCGAGGGACAUGACCAAGGUGGUCUCCUACAGGGUCCCCCACAACGCUGCCGUCCAGGUUUAUGACUACAAGGAGAAGAGAGCCAGGGUGGUGUUUGGACCGGAGAUGGUGAUGCUGGGACCCGAUGAGCAGUUCACCGUGUUGUCCCUUUCUGGAGACAAACCUAAGAGGCCCAACGUGAUCAAGGCCGUCUGCCUGCUGUUGGGCCCAGACUUCUUCACGGACAUCAUCACCAUUGAGACGGCCGACCACGCCCGGCUGCAGCUCCAGCUCUCCUACAACUGGCACUUUGACGUAAAGUCUGCAGACGCUGCUGAUGCAGCGGCUCUGUUCUCAGUUCCCGACUUCGUUGGUGAUGCCUCUAAAGCCAUCGCCUCUCGUGUCAGAGGAGCUGUUGCAUCUGUGCAGUUUGAUGAUUUCCACAAGAACUCCAAUCGCAUCAUCUGCUCGGCCGUGUUUGGCUUCGAUGAGAAGCUGGCGGUUCGCUCCCAUCUGCGCUUCCCCCAGAACAACUUGGUGAUCAGCAGUGUGGACAUCCAGUCUGUGGAGCCCGUGGACCAGAGGACACGGGACGCUCUGCAAAAGAGUGUCCAGCUCGCCAUCGAGAUCACCACCAACUCCCAGGAGGCUGCUGCCCGGCAUGAGGCAGCGCGUCUGGAACAGGAGGCUCGAGGAAAACUGGAGAGGCAGAAGAUCACGGACCAGGCUGAGGCUGAGAAAGCCAGGAAGGAGCUGCUGGAGCUGGAGGCUCUCAGUGCUGCUGUGGAGAGCACAGGAGCUGCUAAGGCUGAAGCUCAGUCUCGUGCAGAGGCAGCUCGUAUUCAGGGAGAAGCGGCUGUCAACGAGGCCAAGCUGAAAACUGAAGCUCAGAAGAUUGAGGCUGACGCAGAGCUGCUGCGGCUGUCAAAGGCCCGUGAGCAGGAGCUGAACUAUAAGAAGGAGAUGGAUCGUCUGGAGGUGGAGAAGCAGGAGCGACUGGCUCAGAUUGAGAGCCACCGAUUCAGUCAGCUGGUGGAGAGUCUGGGCAGCGACACACUGAAGGAGAUCGCCAGAGCCGGGCCCGAGCUGCAGGUGAAGAUGCUCCAGGCCCUGGGGUUGAAGUCCACCCUCAUCACGGACGGAUCGUCGCCCAUUAACCUCUUCACCACUGCCAACGGCCUGCUGGGGGCGCUGCAGGGACCAGGACAGGGCCAGGACCAGUGAGGGAGAGGGGGGAACAUGUGUCCUGAAGUAAACCUCGCCCCAUGCCUGUUAUGCUGCACAGUUUGUUCAGGUCACAACACAAGCCUUUACUCGUUCAGAUAGUUGAUCCUGAACAUAUAAAAAACAGUUUAUAUCCAAAGAUGUUUGCCUUUGUCACUGUGGACGUUCUAAUACUCAACUGACUUCAUACCAAGAUUAGUGUCUUUAAAAUGAUCUCGUCCCACUCGGAUGCAGCUCUCUCCUCUGCUCCGUCACGUAUCGCUGGCGGUGAGAAGAUGGAUGACACCACCGUGCCUGAAAUACCUACCGUUUUCAUCACUGUGUCUCCGUUCCGCACACAGUGAUGACUCGGCGUUGUGAUUUACUCUGCACUGCGUCCCCGUGAUUCAUAGUCUCUGACUAAUCGGUGGCUAGGUUUUGUUUAAUAUGCUGCAAAUCCUGCCGUCACCGCAGGCAUUUUGAAACGGAUGCAAAUAAACUCCCAUCAGACUAGCGUAAAGGAGCUUUUUGCUUCUGUUUGUCUGCACUUUAGCUCUUCAGAAGAAACGAGGUUCAGAGGUUUGCUUCUGGACACAGGCUUGCAAUAAAUGUUUUACCAAUCAAUACAAACCUCCACAGUUCAGUUUUUGCUUGGUUUAAAAAAGUGUUUUUUUUAAACUAUGGUUGGGGCUUGCCUGUCUUUUUCCCGCUUCAGAUGCUGUUAGAGGUACGUCACAUAGGCCUUGUCCUCAGCCAUUAAAGUGCUGCUGCUGUCCCA